AUGUAUUUCAAGACGCUCUGCGACUUCUGGCAAACGUUGGCCGGACAGGCUGAUGAGCACCGACGUGAAGGUACCAUUCGAACCUGGUUGUCCAGUGUCACCGCAGACGACCUGAAGACCAGAUCGAACCUGCUGGCUCUGACAUCUUGCCUAUUCCCUCAUCGACGGCGCGAUAGAGUGUACGGCUUGCGGGAGAAGUCACUAGCCGACAUUGCCAUUCGUGCAUGGUCCGUCGGCCACAGUCGUGCUCGACGCCUUCAUGAAUGGCAAUCAAGCUAUGGUGCUCCAGACUUUGCUGCUACGGUCCGGACAUUGGUGGAAGAGGGAGGCGAAGUGGCACACGUGCAUGGUCCACCCACGGUAGAAGAGAUCAACCAUGUGCUGGAUCAUUUGGCAUCCAGCUGCCCUUACUCUUCACCAGAGAUCCGGGCCUCUUUUCAACAGGAGAUUCACAGCCCACGCCAGGGGCUCAUUGACAUGCUGCAACGGAUGAGUGGCUUGGAAGCAGAGUGGAUGUGCCGUUUGAUUUUGGGCAAUCUGGGUCAAGUUCAAUUGCCUGAAGAGCUGGUAAUGAAUUUCCUCCAUUCUGCUCUCGGGGCCACGCUUCAAGUACACGAUGGACUCGUUGACGCAGUGGCGUCGAUCAUGAGUCCACGUGGAGACGGAGAAUCAAGUAUGCAAUACCAGCAUACGGCAAAAUGGCGACCACAGUUGGGCACGGCCAUCCGUCGUCCGACAUUCGAAAAAGCUCGAAGCAUCCAGCAUUGUCGUCAACUGCUGGGACGACAACCGGUUUACGUUGAGCGAAAGUAUGACGGAGAAUACUGUCAAAUCCAUGUUCGCCUCCUGCCAGCAGGGUACGCAGAUAUCAAGAUCUUCUCCAAGAGUGGACGGGAUUCGACCGCAGAUCGUACAGCACUCAUCCCUACGAUUCGUCGGUGUCUCAGCAUCGGGAAGCAGGACUGCCAAGUCAGCACGGGAUGUGUCCUGAUUGGUGAGGUGGUUGUCUGGAACGAUGCGCAGCAGGACAUCAUGCCGUUCUACAAAAUCCGCCGAUACAUUCCCCGGGCUGGUCGUCAUCUUGGUUGUGGCCGCGACUCACCUCCCCUAGCUGAGGAGCACCUGAUGAUCGUGCUCUUCGAUUGUUUGCUCCUUGAUAACGUCGAUUGCGUAUUCGAACCGUAUAUGCAACGACGACAUCGACUCGCAUGUGUUGUGCGUCCUGUGCCAGGACACGCUGUGAUCAGUGAGUAUACGACGAUAGACAUGAGCAGCAGCGAUGCUACUAACCAGAUCACCAACCGACUAGCACAUGCGAUUUCCCAUCAAUGGGAAGGAUUGAUAUUCAAACCAUCUGAAGCAACCUACUUGACUCUCGAAGGGCACCAGCAGCAUCAGGUGAAGUUAAGAAAAGACAUGAUCCCAGGCUUGGGCGAUACGGCCGAUCUCGUGGUCAUUGGGGGAGCUCAUGACGGAAACUAUGGCGCUUCCGAGUGGUGGACAACAUUCUACCUCGCUUGUGUUGAUCUGACCGCAGGAGGCGCAGACGAUCCGACCUUGCAAAGCUUCCGCAUAGUUGCUGCCGUGUCACGACCUGCCAUAACCAUCACAGAUAUGCAGUUUCUCAAUCGACAUGGAAAAGCGCACUACCUGACGCCUUUCGACGUGGCUGCCACCCCUCACAUUGAGACCGAACUUACAGGCCAGCCUCCUCCCACCGCCAUUUUCAUGCGUCCUCUCGUGGUCGAAGUGGUGGGCGCCGGUUUUGACCGUUUGCCAAACUCACGAUUCGAGAGCCUCCGCUUCCCACGUGUGGUCAAGAUUCACCUGGACCGAUCAUUCCGAGAUGCUGUCACUAGUGAGCAAUAUCGGCACAUGGCCGAGAGAAGUCAACACAGUGACAUCAACCGCGAUGGCACUAGCUUCCAACACUGGCUAUCUCGUUUGACUGAAUGUGUCAAUCGUCCGGACACGUCGAGAUCCGCAUCACGAACUGCUUCAGGGUCGGCAAAGUCAUCGCGGAAACGAUGCAGAGAGAUCGAGGAAGUAGGAGGGGUCAAAUGA